GCUCUAUAAAUUUGUUCUACUAUUCUGGUAAACAUAAAAAAAGUAAGGGGAAAGGGGAAAUUUUUUAAAAGUGGUAAACUACCUUUUUUUUCUCUUUUCUUUGGCCGCACAGCUAGUGUGAAUUUUCGGCUUUUCUGCCUCGAAUUACGAUAAAAAGCCUCCCACCCUCUCCCCGCGCGCGCGCUUUCUCCGCUUGUCAGCUAUCGCUCGCUCGCCUUCCCACUGCUUUGGUCCUACUGCCUCCUCCCCUUAGGUUGACAAUAAAGCAGCCACUGUGACGAACAAUGACCGAGCUCGCUAACGUCGCUGCCGCUGCCGUCACCAGCACGCGGCCGCACCAGUUUCAGGCGAUGGAAUUGCGUUUGGGCGACGUGUCGCAGGCGACCAACACAGCAGAGCUAAUCAAGCUGAUUCGUAAGGCCGGCGAUGCGCUUGACCAGGGCAUGCGAGAGCCCAGCGCCGAUUAUUUUGCGCCCAAGCUCGAGGCCCUGCGUGCCGACUGCCUGGAGCUUUUCAGACGCCUGCUCCUGCGCAAUCCUUACUCGUCAUACCGCAAGGAUGUGGUGAGCAAGCUGUGGUUUCGCACGAUUUACCCUUCCAUAGAGCAGUACCGCGCAAACAUCAAGCAGUUUGAGAGCCUUGUCGGCUAUGCGGCAAAGAGGCCUGUGAGGGAUGCAAUGGACGCCCGGAAGGAGGUGUCGCGGUGGCGGGCGCAGUUUCAGUGCUUCCUGCAGGCGUCAACCGGCGUUCUGCUGAGGAUUGUAGUGGAGCUGGCUGAGACUAACGAGCUGGUGGCCCUGGGCCAUUUGGUGGGGCUGUCAGAAUUUGCCGUGGACUACCGAGCCCUGGCGACGCACGCCUACGGGUUUGAGUUCGUCGAUGGGCUGCAGUCAGAGCUGCACCCGGCCUUGUCACCGGCGCAGCGCGCAUCCCUGGCUAUUAUCUCCAAGCUGCUGAUAUAUCUGGGGGACUUGUCCCGCUACCGCAUCCUGUACACUAGCAAGAAGCAGGGCGCCACGAGCGUGGUCAAGGCUGCGGCCUCGCGCCAGCCACAGUACGCCUCUGGCCAAGUGAUUAACGGCGCUCACGAGAUGUGGUGGCCCGCAAAGAACUUUUACCGUGGUGCCAUCAAGCUUGCGCCCCACCGUGGCCAGCCGCAGAACCAGCUGGCUGUGGUCUACGGCUACGAGAAGAACAGCCUGGACGGUGUCUUUUGCUACUACCGCGCACUCACGGCUAUGCACACCUUUCCGCCAGCUGAGGCGAAUCUGCGCACCAUCCUGGAGAAUGCGCUGAGAGCGAUUGAGGACACCGGCGCCGAUGCGGCCGACGCCGGGACAACAGGGUACCUGUACUACGAGAACUGCGUUUAUCAAAAGUUCACCCACCUGCGAUACCUCUUUGCCAUCCACCAGCCAACGGUUAAGGAACUGGCUGCACUGGCCGAGGGCAGAUCAGGCGCCGACCGCGUGUCAAUCACGCCGGAGAUGGAGCGCCAGCUGAUCAACGAUGUGCUGGCGGCCAGUGCCCGGUUCAUCCAAGGCGUCAAAUCCGGGUCCAUUGACCAGAGGCAGAUUCUGGUCACCCAGGCUAUUCACAUAUUUGAGCUCCAGCAGCUCUGCGCCCUGGGCGCUGACGACACUGAGAGUACCCUGCACAGCGCAUCCGUCGCGCGUUUGUCUGCCCUGCUGGCCAUGAAGGUGGCGGAGAACCUGAGCUUUGCCGUCAGGUGCUCGAUCAUUGAUGUCCUGCACCAUCCUGGCCGCAUGCGUGAGGUCAAGAGCGAGGCUGAUCUGCUGUCCAAGUCGUCGAGGCGGGCUAUCCCCCCGCUGAUCCAGACGCUUCUGUGGAUUGUUUCGGCCUCUGUUAGGGUUGUCAGGGACGCAAUAUCAAGCGAGAGCCUGGGCACCAGUGGUAGCCCGCUGGUGUCGCUGCUACGGCAAAAGGUGUUUGCGGUUAUUAAAGACUGCAACCUGCUGGAUAAUGUCAAUGCUUUGCGCUCGGCGAUGGAGCAGGUGCAGUCGAAGGUCAACCGCAGAACAGCUCCGGUUGAGCGCGUCACUUGGAGACAGGUUUUGGGCGAGCGACUAAUGGCACCUCUCACCCAGCGCCUAUGGUUUUACGGCACCGAUGAUCGCGCUGAUAUUUCAGGGACGGGUGUUGAGGACUCGUUGAGAUUGGAGGAGGAGCUGUUUGUUGGAUGGCGGCUACCUGACGGCACUGUGUGGGGUAAGGGGGCGGCGGACCAGGGCGCCUUGGUAUACAAGAUGGUGCCAAACCCAGCUUGGUCUCAGAGCCCAAGAGCGCGAAUAACCUUGCGGGUUCGAGCAAGCUUGCAGGCGCUGCACCUGUCUCGGCAGAUGCAUUGGUUGAGGACACAGACGAGGAUGUCGAGGACGAAACUAUAUGUUUUCAUGGCCGGCCACAAGCCCAGCAGAAACAACAACAACAGCAGCAACAGCAACAGCAGCAUAGAGACUCCAACCAUGUCGAUACAUUUCGGUCUGCCCCUGAUUCCGUCUCGCAGUCCUUGCCGCCGACGCCUGGGCUUGGAGUGCACAGGGGGAUUUUUUGUGGUCAACAGGCGCAACAAGCGACGUCGGAAGCGACGCCGGAUAAGCUGAUAGAGCGACUAGAGUUGGAGUCACAGAUGGCACCGCUCAUAGUGGCGACAACACGUGCUUUUGCAACAGCAGCAACAAUAGCAGCUGCUACUUCUGGAAUAGGAGUAGCAGGCGACAGAGCAAAGCCCUCGGUUUUGGUAGAUUCUGAGAACGAUGAGGUUGUGUCGCCUGCAAUGAUGGCCAGUAGCAGCCAUUAUCGCGCCAACGCUAGGGGCGCUGCCAUUGGGUCUCAGCGACUGUCAUCCACGUCUGCUUUAUUUGGCGCGUCUGGAUCUCGUGUACCCUUGUCGGCUGCGAGUUUGGAGAGCCAGUGGCCGUUCUGUGCAUCCGGGUCGAGUACCGCACCGGUGUCCCCGGGCGCCGCCAUGUCUGUGGGAUCGGCGGCUGAUAUGGCGCUGGCGUAUUCUGGAGCGAUUUAUUCACCGCUGCAGG